UUGUAAAAUUUGAGUUUUAAUAAAUAAUUAAAUAUUAACUAAAGAUGUUCAGAAAUCAAUAUGACAUGGAUUGUGUGACCUGGAACCCUAAGGGAAAGAUUCUCCAGAUAGAGUAUGCUAAAGAAGCAGUCAAGCAAGGAAUGAUGAGCCUUGGCCUCAAGUCUGAUACCCAUGUUGUCCUGGUCUCACUCAUGAGAAAUCCAGAUGAGUUGUCCUCUCAUCAAGAGAAGAUCUUUGAAGUCGAUGAGCAUAUUGGAAUUGCUAUAGCUGGACUCCUUGCUGAUGCAAGAAAUUUAUGCAAAUAUAUGAGAAAUGAGUGCCUCAGUUAUUGGUACGUCCAUGAUUCUCAGCAUCCAAUUGCUAGAUUAGUCGCUAAAGUUGGCGAGAAGAGUCAGCAUAAGACUUGUGGCGAUGGAAAAAGACCAUAUGGAGUAGGUAUUCUUGCAGGAGGAUAUGAUUCUUCAGGAACACAUCUCUUUGAAACUCUUCCUUCAGGAGAAUACUUCGAAUACUAUGCUAUGGCAAUUGGCUCAAGAUCUCAAAGUGCUAAAACUUACUUAGAGAAAAAUUAUGAGGGCUUUGCUUCUAGCGAUUUAGAAUCUCUCAUAAAGCACGGAAUUGCAGCUCUUAAAGCUAGUUCCCAAGAAAUUGACCUCUCUUCAGAGAACGUUAGCGUAGGAAUCGUUGGGAAGGAUACUCCAUUCUAUAAACUCUCCAGUGAAGAAAUCUCUAGGCACCUGAGUGAGGGGGCAGACGUUGAAAUGCAGGAUGAUUAAUAUUUGGUUGAAUUAUUCCUCAAUAAUAAUUAUGA